UCUAACGGAUUGAAAGAGGCUAUAAGAUGACAUUUCAUGACAUUUUACGGUCUGUUUCAAACUAAUUAUCUUUUGUUAAAUUUUUUGUUUGUAAUAUAAUUCAUUCAACUAUGAAAACAAAAUGAAGUAUUUAUUAUUAUAAAAACUACAAUAUUUGUAAUAGUUAAAAAAUUAAAGUAAAAUAACCAUAAAACAAAUUGAACGAAAAGGUUUAUUUUCUUAAAAGCACAUAAAGAAUAGAGUCAAAUUUAUUAGUUUUUUUUUCAACCAUAUGUCGCAACUGUAUAGUAAUGAGAAGACCAAUUCGACUAAAUCUCGUUAGACUAUUUGAUAAUGGUAAGAUAUUGCAAAAAUGACUCACAAUACUGGUAUCCUAUUCCUUUCAAACUAUGGAUGCUUCACCUUCCCAUUCUUGUAAGAGUUUAAAGUUAAAAAUGUGGGGCUUGAUGAUGUACUUCUAAAAUGCUAUUUUUAUUAGUGACGAUUAGAUAAUAAAUUGCAAAGUAGAACCACCACCAACCUCCCAAUUUCUUUAUUCCAAAUUAACAACUCUGCUCUCAAACCAUCCAUAUCCUCACUUUAUAAUAAUCAUAAUCUAAACUCCCCCAAUUAUUUCCUUGUUUUUGCUUAAUAUAACUUUCCCUGCCAAUCAUUAUCACCAUUUCUUUUCCAAUUUCUCUAUAGUCCACAAUCAAAUGAAAACCACAAAUCCUCUUUGACACCAACCUACUCUUCUCCCUGCCCUCCCUCACAUAAGAUAAACCCCACAACUCCCCUUCCUUCCCACUUCUCCACUAUAAAUCCCUUCUCUCUCUCACACACUCCUUAAAUCCUUCUCUAUCCCAAAUAAUCACACAAUGGCAAACCCAAAUUCCCCUGCUUUCUUCUUCCCCUGUUUUACCCUCCUCUGUUUUCUCCUGCAUGUCUCUGUUUCCCAUUCCCAGCAGCUCCUCCUCCCUCUAACCCAUUCCCUCUCCACAACCAAAUACACCUCCACCCACCACCUCCUCAAAUCCGCCUCCGCCCGCUCCGCCGCCCGCCACCACCACCACCACCGUCAUCACAAGUCUCACCGCCAAGUCUCCCUUCCCCUGUCUCCAGGCAGCGAUUACACCCUUUCCUUCACCCUCAACUCCAGCCCUCCCCAGCACGUCUCUCUCUACCUCGACACCGGCAGCGACCUCGUCUGGUUCCCUUGCCGCCCCUUCGAGUGCAUCCUCUGCGAAGGCAAGACCGAAACCCAAUCCUCUGCCACCGCCGCAAUUCUUGCCAAUCUCUCCUCCUCCGCCGCCGCCGUACCCUGUAAAUCGGCCGCCUGCUCCGCCGCCCACUCCAAUCUCCCCUCCUCCGACCUCUGCGCAAUCGCCAAUUGCCCCUUGGACUUAAUCGAAACCUCCGAUUGUCAGUCCUACAACUGCCCUUCCUUCUACUACGCUUACGGCGACGGAAGCUUGGUAGCGCGGCUGUACACAGACGCCGUUACCCUUCCGUUAGCGUCCCCGUCUUUGAAGCUCCGGAAUUUCACUUUCGGAUGCGCUCACACGGCGCUGGCGGAGCCCGUCGGGGUCGCAGGGUUCGGCCGGGGAGUGCUUUCCUUGCCAGCUCAGCUCGCCGCCGAUUCGCCUCAGCUCGGGAACCGAUUCUCCUACUGCUUGGUCUCCCACUCGUUCGACUCCGAUCGUGUCCGCCGCCCGAGCCCGCUGAUUCUCGGCCGGUUUGACGAGGAGAAGGAGAAGCGUGUGGGCGGCGGCGGCGGUGAGGGAAAUGACCCGACCCGGUACGUGUACACUUCUUUGCUGGAGAAUCCGAAGCAUCCGUAUUUCUACACGGUGGGGCUGGAGGGGAUUUCGGUUGGGAAGAGGAAUAUUCCGGCGCCGGCGUUUCUCAAAAAGGUUGACGGCGGUGGGACGGGAGGGUUGGUGGUGGAUUCUGGUACCACUUUCACGAUGCUCCCCGCGGGUCUGUACAAUUCCGUGGUGGCGGAGUUCGAGAACCGGGUCGGGCGGGUAUACGAGCGGGCGCGGGAAGUAGAGGCGAAGACCGGGUUGAGCCCGUGUUAUUACUAUAACGACGCCGUCGCGAGCGUUCCCAGCCUUGUGCUGCAUUUCUCCGGGAAUGGAUCUAGUGUGGUGAUGCCUAGGAAGAACUAUUUCUAUGAAUUUGUGGACGGUGGGGAUGGAAAGAAAGGGAAGCGGAAAGUUGGGUGCUUGAUGUUGAUGAACGGUGGGGAUGAGGAGGAGCUUAGCGGUGGGCCGGGGGCUACUUUGGGAAAUUACCAGCAGCAAGGGUUUGAGGUGGUUUACGAUUUGGAGAAGAGGAAGGUUGGAUUUGCUAGAAGGAAGUGCGCAUCUUUGUGGGAGAGCUUGAACCAAGGCUAAAGUGCGCCGGGGAGUGGGGGUUUGACUUUUUGAAGGAGUGCAUGGAAAUAAAGAUGAGGUCGGGAGCAGGGGAUCUGUCUCGGAUGUGAUUAAGUAAAUACGUGGAUGGGGGACUAGGUGUACUUCUUAUUUUUACCGUUCAUCAACAUUUUUGUACAUGGGUGGAUAAUGUCUAUAGAAGUGAAGUGGAAUGUGAGAAGGUAAAAAAAUAGAAGUACGAAUGGUGAAUGUAAAUUCUUGUAAUGAAUUAUUUGGUUUAGUUGAUUAAUGAAGGUGAAUGUAAAGAAUUGUUUUGUGCAAAAUUGUUAAUGAGUUUGUUCAUUUCAACAUCUAGAACUUGUAUUAUGAUGGAUAGAAAGACUUCUGAGUUUAUAGUCAUUGAGCUGAGCUUUCGGAUUUCGUCGAAAACCAUUAGAAUUCUUGCUCAGUGUUAAAGGCUUUGAAGUCUUUCAAGAACAAGGCUAACUUUUUUUUUCUUUAUGAUUGUAACUGCGUAUUUGGUCUAUCUCUCUACAUAUUCGAUCUUUUUAACUUUUGCAUACAUCAUAGCUCAUACUUCGCCAACUAAUUUAAUUGUCAUCCUAAAAAAUUAAUUUUCAAAUGACAAAUGGGUCGGUCCAAGGACCAAGUACCCUAUCACAAUAAAAUGUCUUUCUUAUAUGCAAUAUGGAAUGGUUGUAUGUAAUUUUCAGGUAUUUGAUGGCUUUUAAUUUGACAAGAUAAUAUAACCAAACAUAAUUUAAUGAGACGACGUUACAAGUUACAACUCUGUUACACCCCACCUAGGAAGAGAAGUAGAGAAGGAGGAGAGAAGAGCCACAUCCACCAAACCAUUCAUGGUUUAUUAAUACAUGAUAAUAACAUUGCUUCAAUUGGAUGGAAAGAAAAAAAUCUUACACAUCAAGCUCCUGACACCAAGAAGCAAAAAUUUUAACAGCUUCACCACAGCCCGUCUAGCUCAGUUGGUAGAGCGCAAGGCUCUUAACCUUGUGGUCGUGGGUUCGAGCCCCACGGUGGGCGUGUGACACUCAAUGACAGCAGUAAAAAAAAAAAUCAACAUUUUAUUAUUAUUAUUAUUAUUUAUCUUUUCUAUUUUAAGGGGGAGGAAAAGAAAGUUAUAAUGAAAUGGCAGCUGGGAUGCAGUACCCAAAAUCGAAGUAAGAAGCAGGCAGUGCUUGGGGAAGAGAGUAACUGAGGGCACAUAAUAAAUUGAGCCUUCAAAUUUUGGGCAGUUUUUGGACUCAUUCAAAGGAGUCGUCAGAUAUUAACUUACUUAGCUGUACUCGACGCACCAUUUAGCACAAGUUGGAUGGGGAAGAGUUCUUCAAUUUCAAUGGUUAAGUAUGGAGGAGCCUUGGAAUUGCAGUGAGUAUAUUAAAGAGAUUCGGCCCCGGAGAGGAGAGGAGAGGGGAAGAAUCCAGGCAGAGACGACUCCAAUAGUGGACCAUUCUUAUCGUCCAACAGUUUGGCAUUUUCCUUCCCAUUGCGUCCGACGGUUCGUAACUGUUGUACCUAUAGGAGUUUUAGAAAUAGUAGUGUGUAUUAUUAUGAAACCACAAAGGGGUUUAUAUAGAUUACAAGACUUGGACAAUAAGUAAGAGAAACACAAUACUAAAAGGACACGGUAAUACUAAGAACUAUACUAUAAGGACAAGGAAAUAUAAGAUUAUUCCUAAU